CUUCAAUUCCCAUUCAGAUCAUAUACAUACUAAGCAUAGCAAUUAAUAAGCAAUUAUAGUCCAAGCUCGAUCAUUAUUAGUUUCCAAUUGAGUAUAGAAGUACAAACUAAUUAAUUAACAGAUCGACAGAUUGUUUUUGGUAUAGUAUAUGAAUUGAUUUAAGAUGGGGAGAGCACCAUUUUGUGAAAAGAAUGGACUGAAGAAAGGUCCUUGGACCCCUGAUGAAGAUCAAACUCUUAUUGAUUACAUCCAUAAACAUGGCCAUGGAAAUUGGAGGACCCUCCCCAAGAAUGCUGGUUUGCAAAGGUGUGGAAAGAGCUGCCGGCUACGUUGGACGAAUUAUCUGAGGCCUGAUAUUAAGAGAGGAAGGUUUUCCUUUGAUGAAGAAGAGACAAUAAUUCAGCUCCAUCGUGUCUUAGGAAACAAGGUAUGUUUGGGAGUAUGGAAAGAAGCGGAAUGGAAGGCUUUGAAAGUUAACCUGUAGGAGAGGACAAGUGGAGAAGAAGUGAAAGAAAUUAUUCUUCAUAUUUGGCAGUUACAAAUUUCAAAAAAGAUAGGCUAUGAAUGUUUAGUUAUAAUUUAAAUCGUUUCAGAGGUGUAAUACAUUCAAAUAAUUGAACAUGUAUUGAUUUUAUAAAUUCAGUUAAAUUUAUCAUCUAAAUAUUAAAAUACUUAUCUUUCAAAACUCUCCAAUAUGGGAUAACUUAACAAGUGAGCCUUUUGAAAGAUUUAGAUUUUUUACCACCCCUUUCAAGUUUUUAAAUACCCAAACACGAAAAGAAGAUUAUAAACCCUUCUCUCCUCUUCUCCUCCAAAAUCUAACUUCCAAACAAAAUUAGGGUUUAAUUUGUAAGGUCUUACCAUUAAUCGAUCAUUCUAAAUUCAUAGUCAUUCAUAGCAUGAUGUGACGCUUGAAAAGUUAGUUUUAACACUUGUCAUUGAAAUAACACUUUUUAAUGAGGUGAAUGAUAAGGGAAUAUUUAUAAGUUUAUGAAAAACAAAAGUUUACAUUGAAUUGGAAAAACAUAAAGCUAUUGAGUUCAAUUGAAGAGGGGGAAAGGAACUUAAUAUUAUUGAAACAGUAAAUUAUUAAAAGUAGUACUCCAUCCGUCCCUUAUAAUUGUCUCAUUUUCCAUUUUUUGAUGUACCUCUAUUAUUGUCUCAUACCAUAUUGGGUAACAUUUGUAUGGUUUUAGUUCAUACUUUACUCUCAAUUUAUCAACUUAUUAUCAACCACAUGAUUCUACUUUUCUUGACGGAUGGAGUACAUUUUAUGUGUGAUUUUCUUCUAGAAGAAAGCGGUCAGGUUCUUAUUCCAGCAUAUAUAUAAUAUUAUAAAGGAAAAAUUGACAAGAAAAAUCACACAAUUUACUGGUCUUCUCAAAACGAUCCCACUUUUACGUAAGCUCAGAAUAAUCCCACCUUUACACCUCAUCUUCUUUCAUUGGACUCUAACUUGUUGAUGACCUACUAUACCAG